GAGAGAGAAGCUGGUAGGGAAGAAAUUCGAAAUCGUGACUGCUUUUGCUUAUCAAGAGCGAAGCGCCCGAUCCAAUUUCCCACUUUCUUCUUCCCGAUUCGUUUCAGAUUCUUUCACAGAUUGGUGGAUAGCACGCUUACAAGUUUGGGAUUUUGUUUUCUAAAGGAAUCUCAAACUUUGGUGUAUUGGCUAUUCAAAUAAGAUGCACUCCCGGUCAUCAUCAUACCAUAAUGCAGGUAUUGAUUUGGUUUUUACAUCUGAAUGGACUGCAAGACAUUUAUCCAGUUGGUUGAAGAGAAAAAGAAGCGUGUAUUGGAAAAGAAAGAAGCCCCUUUGAAAUGGCAGCAGAAGCUUGAAGCUGCUGUUGAAGCCAAUUCAAGGAAAUUGAAGACUGUAAAGCACAAGAGAAGAUCCAUCUCAGUAUCUGAUAGCGACAGCAAAAGUGAAAGCAGCGAGGAGGUCAGAAAAUCGAGGAAGAAGACCCACAAGAAGCAUAGGAAGCACGAAAAGAGAUCAAAACGGAAGCCAAAGAGGAGAUCUUCGAGUUCAAGUGAUGAUAGUGAUGACUCGAUUGAAAGUGAAUCAGAGGAUCGCAGGAAGAGGCGAGUGCAUAAGAAGCAUAGACAUCAUCAUCACUCGAGAUCAGACUCUGAUAAUUCAGAGACCGAUGAUUCAGAGGAUGAAGGUGCCUUGAAGCAGAGGAGACACUCAAAGCAUCACAAACAUCAUAGACAAAUGAGAUCAAGGGAUUCAGAUUCUUCAAGUGAUGAAUAUGAUGGUGCAACAAGGAAGAGAAGGCAUUCAAGGCAUCAUCAUCAUCAGAAACGUCAUAGACGUUCAGACUCCAGUGAUUCAGAUGCUUCUAGCUUUGAAGACGCUGUUAAAAGGCACCACAUGAAGCGCCAUAAGCAUCAUCGCAGGUCCCAUAGCCAUGAACCCAAGUCUGACCCUGAUAGGAGAAGCCGAUCACUGGGUAAGUCGUCUGAUGAUAAUUGUGAAGAAACAGGUAGAAGAAAUGGGCAUAACAAGGAUCAUCAUCACCGCCACCACCACAACCACAAAGAUGGAUCUGACCACUACCACAACAACCACAAAGAUGGAUCUGAUGAACCACAGGACAGGAGUAACGAGCCCCAGAAUGAACCUGAGCUGAACGGAAGGUGUCCUGUAACAGAAAAUCCGAGUGGUGAAAGCGAUGGAGUGGAAGAGGGUCAGAUUGUUUAGGUUUGUUAUUAGAAAUGAAGCUGUUCUUCCAUGCUUUUUUACCUGAAAACUUGUGUUCUUUUAUGAUCUUGAAACCUAGCAACUCACCAACCUUAAAACUUAUCCGGUUUAUUAUUCCUUAACCUUGUUCUUUUGAUGAUGAAUUUAUUGUGCCUUAAACGUGUUCUUUUGAUGAUGAUGCAACUUAUC